AUGGAACAUCAAUAUUCAACUGGAUUUGCUACAUUUGCUCAAACAACGACUGUUGAUACACUUCGAUCAACUCCUUAUCUCCGUUCAUUGGCCAUAAAAAUUGCCCGAUUCCAUGCUCUUCAAAUUGAACUUGCAGAGGUUGAUCAUUACGAGAUGUUUAAAUACUUCGAGACUCAAUGUAUACCGAAAAUGGAUGACCAUUUAAACUCAGAUGUUUCUCCUGGUAAACUUGAGUUAAUCAAUGAAAUUGCAGAUUUCGUCAAUUCAAAUCAAUUUAAUACUAUUUACGACCAAAUGGACGAUCUUGAUCAACGCAAAGUUUGUGGCCAUUUUGACUUGAAUCCAACCAGUGUAUUAGUUGUGCCAAGUGAGACUCCACAAGAUAGACUUCACGAGGAUUUAUUGUUGAUUAACUUUCAAAAUUGUCAGAUUGGCUUCAGAGGACUUGAUUUGGGUAACUUUUUUUCUGAACUCAGUAUUGCAGAAAACAAUUAUAUUACUACUCGAGCCAAUUUAACCACUUCACCAUCAAAAAUUCAAGCCAUUUCCGAUGCAAAAAUACGUGAAUUCAUUGGAUAUUAUUUAACAGAAUGGUCUACAGUCUCAGAUGAUUUUGAUUCAACCAUUGACAAUGAGAACAACCUUUUCCAGGAAAUUAAAUUUAACCUCAUGUUUUCCUUGCUUGGCUACAUUUAUUGGAACAUUUUAAAUCCAGAUUUCUUGUCCGAUAAAUUGUAUGAUGUUGCCAUCAGCCGAAUAUUCUUGUAUAAUCAAUUUCGCCGCAGAUGGUUUAUGUGA